UUCCAGAUGAGCUGUGACACUUGCCACCUCCCAAACAUGCACGAGACGGACCAGUAUAUAAAGGCCAGGAGUACUGGGCUUUAGGGGAGCUGGACAAUCAGUCAGAAAGAAGAAAAGGAAAUAGACAUACAAGGAGAUCAUAUAAGAGAAAAAAAAGAGUGAUUUUUAUUUUUUUUUAGGCCUCCCGGAGCUGCUCCAGAAAGAAUCAGUUUCUCUCCGCCUCCUUCUUUACUCCUUCUACUCUCCCCCUCUGCCUUAUCCAGCACUUGCAACCAUCCAUGAGUGUGACCAACUCCUCCGCCUAUCGAUCGGAGCGCAGUUUCCACCAGACUUCGUCCUCAACCUCGUCCUCUUGCAACCCAUACAUGGAGAAAAGCCGGGGGCUGUUCACUGAGGACUUUGGCUCCUUCAUAAGGCCUGGGACCGAUGCGUUGGGAUUUUCCAGUGGAGCUGGAAAUGUCAAAACUAUUGAUGAUUCGUACCAGUUUACAGUCGACGUGCGAGACUUCUCUCCAGAGGAUGUGAUUGUAACGACAUCCAACAACCAGAUAGAAGUCCGCGCAGAAAAGUUGGCCCAGGAUGGUUCAGUCAUGAACACUUUCACCCACAAGUGCCAACUUCCUGAGGAUGUAGACCCCACCUCGGUGACAUCAUCCCUGGGUCCAGAGGGCACUCUGACAGUCCGGGCGUGCAGGCAGCCGGCCAAGCAUGAGCUCGUACAGACCUUUCGCACCGAAAUCAAAAUCUAGAGAUGGAUCGACUUUCUCAGCACAAACCCACCACUUUGUGAUUUUAACGCUAAUCCCUGUGCUUUUGUCCUUAUUGUUAUUCUUACACUUCAACCACUGCUUUAAUGAAGCUACACCCAAGUCCUGCAUUGGAUAAGGAUAUGAUUUGUCAAACAUAGACUCAAAAAAGUCAAAUCACAUGUUCAGAAACACCAGGAGUAGGUAAAUGAACUUACACCAGGAGAAUAAUUGGUACACAACUUCAAUCACACACACACACACAUCAGUUGAACAGCCAUUUUAUUACAUCAUUCCCUGGUCACAUAUUUGUCUUUUAUUUUAAUGGCAUAGGAAGACAUGAUUCCAUGGAAAAUAAACACCGUAGCAGACACAAUUUGAUCAUCAGCUAUGGUAAGCCAAGCUGCAGAGCAAUGUUUGGACAUGUCCAAACAUUGCUCUGCAAGAGAGCCGCAGCUUUCACACAUCUAAACCGCACGGCACAGCUACAGAACUGACGCUCACUACACACACCUCAGCAUGCUGAAAGAUUGACACCAAAAGUGAAACUAUUUGUCAUGACCUAGUUUUUGAUUAAUUCAGCUGCUUAUGAUAUGACUGCAUGGGGGUUCUCAUAGAGCAAUGAAAUUUCCUUCCCAGAUUAUCAGUUGAUCCUUAAAUAUACAAAAAAAUCAAGAAGGUGAUGCAAGAAUAACAAACCCCAUUAUCACACAGCUUAACACUGUGAAUUGUACAACCUUGAUCCCAAUACACAUGCCCUAUUCAGAAUCCAUGCAAUUUAAAACUGACACACAUACUUCAAAGAUGGGACAGGACUUGAUGUUCAACAAAAUAUAAUUCAUAUCUCAUGUUUUGACUCAUGUAACACACAUUUUCAGUACAUCAACAUACAAGCAUAGGAAAAAGUUUGACAGCAGUUCAACUGAGGUCGCUUGUCGAGUUAAAAAAUCAGUCCCUCAUUUCAUAAAAUAUUAAAUCUGUUUUUUCAUCAAUAUUUUUUAUUUUAUUUCUGUAACUAAACUUACAAUAAACAUGGCUGCAAAUAAA